AAGUUGGGGAUUUACCAGACCAUUGAGCCAUUUGGGGAUAAGGAUGCAACCCAAAUCCAAUGACACAGAUUCUGGAAUCUGACCAGGUGGAAUAUUGGGUGCACACGGGGGGGGGGGGGUGUUGCAGAAAGCUCCACCCACACGGCACCCCUUCCUAUGGCCAUGGUGCCAGCAUGUGUUGGUGACACCAGCCAAGGCAUGGUGAUGGGGGUGUCCCUUGUCCUUAAAUAACCCCACAAAGCCCGAGUUAUUUCAGACCAGAAUGGCGAGGCUCCCAGCAUUUCUCAGAUGGAAGCCAGACACUUUUGUGGAUUUGUAACACCUCAAAUCUGAGGGACGCUGCCUCCACGCCGCACACUGCCAAAAACUUUUUGCCACUCAGCAUGGCUUGCAUUCAUUUAAUCCUCUGUAGAAUGACCCUGUGUCAGCUUCUCAAAGAGAUGUGCAGUGGUGUGUGUGUGUGUUUUAAGGGUGCUUGUCUUUCAGAACACAAGACUGUUUACUAGAUUGUUUGGUUCACAAUGGAGCUGGUUGUACUUAUUAUUGAAACCUCGCAAGGCAGAUUCACCUUCUUGGUGAGGUUGCUUUCAGGGGCUGGAUAAAAAUGGGAAAGGAUUGUGCUUCAAAGCACUUUAAAGGGGUAAUCCUUUGUACACUCCUAAGGGGGAAAGACUCCUGGAGUCCCCCGGGGAGGAAGCCUCACUGAACACCAUUGUGAGCCUUCAUUUUGAGAAAACAUGCAGAAGAGUCUGCAAAUAAUUUGGUGUGUUUUUUUAAUAAUAAAAAAGCUGGUCUCCCCCCAUCUGUCCAGUGCCCCCCCUCCAAACAGAAUGUGUCCAGAGAGUGCCCUGUGGUUUUCAGGAGUGCCCUGGCAGAUGAGGAAAGGUAGCAAAUGUUGAAGACCCUUUCCUCUUCACUGUUAGCGACUUUCCAAGAUUUCAAGUCAUUUCUUUUGUCUGCCCCAAAUCUUCCAACGUUUGACUUCAUUGGAUGUCCACAAGUUCUAAGGUUGCAUUUGUCUUGGAACUCAGAUGAAACCUCUCGUUUGCCAGGAUGGAAAAGUGUGUGGAUGGGUUGUAGAAACAUCUGGCUUUUUCACAGUUGACGUAGCCUCCUGCACCAUGGUCCAGGUCGUACCUCUUGGCCUCUGUCCAUUUUUGCUCUAGCCUCCACCACCACCACCCAGAAGGGGGUGCCCAUGGGGGAAUGCAGCUCUGGGGCUGAAAGGGGUUCCCUGCCUUUGACUGCUGGAGCUGUCUAGCAUUCUUGACAAAAUGAGUUUCUUCCCCACCAGCACCGCAUGAGCCCCCUCCUCCUGGUGAAGACCAGGAGGAAGCCCUCCUCGCCACCAUCCCUGGUGUUUAAUAUCUGCUGUCAGCCUGUAGCCUUCUUGCACGCGAGACCUCUAUAGCUCUUCAUAUUGAGCUGUCAGCAUUCAUCCCCUCCAACGUUUUUUCUCCUUCUGUCAGGUGCUGGGAUGGUACUCAGCUGAGCAGAGGAGAAAUGUAGGAAUCUGAUAUGAUAUAUAUAUAUAUAUAUAUAUACACACACACACACACACACACACACACACCCUGCUCCCUACUCUGUGCUCAGGGGUGCAUCUCUCAGGCUGCAUUGAGAAAAGGAGAAUUAUUGGAUGUCAUUCUGAAAUGGCAGGUGGAAGCGCAGUCUUGGUUGCUUUAUCACCUGAAAAUUUGGGGAGGCCACCGACAGCUUCUCAGCAUUGGUGCUGCCCACUGUAGACCAGUCGCCUUGACCCAAAGAGAAAGCCAGAUCAGGACAGACAAGAGUCCAAACGUGGGAAACCGGGCUCUGCCACUCCAGAGGAGCCCCCCUCCUUAAAAAAAAAAAAAAAUGCUUGCCGACUUUUAUUUAAAGAAAAAGCACUCUCCAAGAAGGAGACAGAGCUGAAGCAGAACAUUUCUCCCUAGUGCCUUAGUUUUCUUUCAUGUUUGUUGGGGGGGUUGUUUUGUUCUGUUUUGCUUUUUGUUUUCAACAGGGCACACUACUAAAAGCUAUAGAAAGAGUCCCCCCACCAGCUGUCUGAAAUGGUACACUUCACCCUGCCAGUUCAGGACUGUACCAUUCAAUUAUUCCACUGCAUUAUGCAGGCCAGGAGGUUGUGUCAGUGGCGUAGCGUGGGUUGUCAGCACCCGGGGCAAGGCAAGUAAUUUGCGCCCCCUAACCCGUGGAUUUUAGUAGGGGCAGAGAGCUGCGAGUGCGAGCGCGCCCCUCCCCAGAUGUUGCACCCGGUGCGGCCGGCCCCCCCUGCACCCCCCACGCUACGCCACUGGGUUGUGUGGUGGGUUGUUGCCACAAACUGCCCUGUACCCCUUUCACACAGAGGGUUUUGGGUCCAGUUAAUGAGUUGUGCAGAAACCCAGGGGGGUGAUUAAGAAGAUAUGGACACAGCCAGUUGCUUUGUACCCAAGUCAGAGCAUUCUUCCAUCUAGUAUUGUCUGUGCUAAUAGUCAGUGUCCCUCCAAGGUUUCAGCCAAGGGGUCUCACCCAAUUCUACCUAGAUAAUUCAUUGGAGAUUGAACCUGGGACCUUUUUUUUGCAAGCCCAGACACCCUCCCACUGAUCUGCAAUGGUCCUUCCCCUAUAUCAUGGUUUGGUGUUUCCCAUGAAGUCCAGCUCAUCCCCACCAGGCAGAGCAGCAACACAAAGCAGCCUAGUUCACACCUGCCUUCCCUUUCAAUGGCUUCAUCUUAAAAUCAAACACACACACACACACACCGAGCACGGCAGGGAGCAUCUCACUCAAGAGCUCAAUCAUAAACAGAAUAACAGACUGGGAAUUCAUUGAUUCUGCCGGCUCCCGAUUCAUACAGAAGUGCCUUUCUUCCAAAAUGUAAUAAAAGAGACAAAUUGCAGCAAUGUGCCACUGCUUUUGAGGCUGGGGCUUUGUUUGUUGAGAAACAAGCGGCUCGACGUGGAGCUGAGAUGAUGACAAGAACGGCGGCGGGAAAUAAACCCCCAAACUCUUUUGUUGCCCAUGAAUGCAGCGCCGUGGCUGGCAUACAACACUCUGGAGUGGCAGAGAAAAGCAUUGGGUCUGCACCAGUUGCCUGUCCAUGAUGCUCUCAAAGAGUUGGCAAUGCUGCAGGCAAAGGAACCGGGAGUGAGGGGCUCUGCUCCCAACCCACCUCUCUCUAGAUUCAAAUGAGCAUCCGAAUCUGGCAAAGGUGAACUCUUCAUUCCUUUGGGGUUCUUCUCCCAAGGCAGAAGAGCAUGGCUGGUCUUCUCAAACAGGCCUUGUUCUGAUGGACAGCUGUCCCCUGGUCAUGGGCUGGGAAGGCAUGGCUUGUUCCGUGGCUCCCCACGGAAGGUUCUGGGGGUGGUGGGUCUCACCAGCCCAGCACAAAGCUCUUCCACCUUCCUACAAUUGCUACUUGUUCAUCCAUGAGCCUGGCAGAUGGAGCCCUGGACUUCAGAGAUGCUGCAGGACCACUACCUCUCCUCCAUCACCUGUAAAGCCCUCAAAAAUUGUUCACCUGAGGAGGCCUUGCUUGGUACAGCUAUUAGAACCUGACCUUCCUGAAGCAACAGCUCCACCACUCUGUUUCGAAUGGCACCACCCAGCUCCUUCAUUGGCUUCUUCUGAGAUGUCAUCUCUUGCACCUUUUGUUCUCCUGGUCCCUUUGCCUGCUGCCCUUGGAGCAUCUUCCAUACCCACCUUGAGCCACACGGCUCACCUCUGGGGCCUCCACAGUGACUCCUUAUGCUAGAUCAUCAUGUUAAUUCCACACAACAUUCUUGUGGAACAUGUGCUCCAUAUUCUAAAGUUUCUCUGCCCACCCAAGUGCUCAAGCAGCCACACCCUCUGUGACAUCACAGCAACUGAGCCAAUGGCAGCUGGAAGGGCCAUGACACUGUGGACUGAGGCAGGGAUGGGAUCAGAAUAUGAGAGCCAUUUAGGCACUGGCACGCCAAGAGUAAAAGCAAGGAAGAAGAGAGGCCAGGAGGAGUUCUCAAGAAAGAGAGUGAUUUACUCCUAAGUAUGUUAGGUUUCAGAUUGGUGCAUAAAUUGGCUUAAAUGCUGGAGGAGGGGCGCUUGGGGCCAUGAGGAAGGUGGUUCAACACCCCUCACUGCCUGUCAUACUGAUGGGCCCUUAGCUAGUACAUUAUAUAUAAAGCAUAUCUAUUAUAUGAGAAAACUCUGAGUUUCCUGCAGGCCCUCUGUUCCAUCAAUAUACUGGGAAGUGCAAGGAGGGCCUGGGGGAAAUCAGAGAAAAGAAGAAUCUGAUUUUUCCUGGCAUUAAUCUUAAUAAAUGUCUCUUGUUCAGGAAAACAAUAGUUGGUGAAAAACAGGCCUGCAAAUUAGAAAUAUUUCUUACAAAUAGUUUCCCUUCGAGCGUAAGUGUUGGGAGUGCGGCGAAGGACACCGAUAAGCUGGGCGGCGGGAGGAGGGAGAGAGGAGAAAUGAUUUGCAUGGCUGCCUCUGGAAGUCAGGCCAGGUUUCCAGGAGAAGUUGGUCAGGGGAGAGGGCUGGGGUGGGGAUGCAGUGCUCAGGAGCAGAGGGUAUGCUUUGCAAUGCAAGGCCCUCUCCCAGCGUCAGGAGCAGCAUGAAUGAAAGCUGCUCCCCACAAUCUUCAAUAUUUCCUACUUGCAGAUGCUAGGGAUUGAAUUUGGGACAUCCUUCAUGCAAGGCAAAUGUUCUGCUGUUGAGCUAUGGCCCUUCCCCACACUCCUACCUGCAGAAGCCGUUUGCUUCAUCAGGCUGCAGGAGAAGGACUGCAGGGCCAUUCCAUUGGUGCAACAGAGAGAGCAACAAAUUUUGGUGCCUCUUUUGAGUGUCUUGCUUUGCUGUGGUAUUGGGCCUGUGGGGGAAAUGGCCAUAAAUUCCACACCCAGAGAGCUACCAAGGCACCCUACUGGCUGCAUUUGGAAAAAUGUUGUCUCUUGCAAAGGCUUAUGGUCACACCCGGGAGCCUUAAAGGGGCUGACAGUGUUGGAUCUUCCGGGACUGGCAUUCCUCCUUCUCCUGCAAAAAGAAGCCCUAGGGCAAAUCCCUGAUCCAAAUGGCAUCCUCCAUGGCACCAAAGCUGCUUUUUUUGAGAGGAAGAGAAAGGAAUGCCUUCUGGUCACACAGAGUUCCAUGUGAUGCAAUGAAGUGGAUUUACUUUCCCCCAGUUCCAUUCUCGUCCUUCUGCUGCCACUGUUUUGUGAUCUGCCACCUGGAUUUUAGUUUGAGCAGGAGAGUGUCUAAAACAAACAUGAGAGGUGCACUCAGCUUAAUUUAUUUAUCUAUCGCGCAGAUUUACUGCCCGCCCUCCAUCGCUGUGGUCCCCCGGGUGGCCUGCAGAUCAGAAAUUACAUAAGAGCCAUUAAAACAGCCAUAAACUGUAAAUCGGCAUAAACAAUAGGAGCAGCUGAAAUAGCAGCUGAAGGGACCAAAGCCACAGAAACUGCACAGGGCUGCCUGUCAAAGCUGAGUGUGAAAGUGACCGUGGUGGGAAUGUGCAAUGUUCCCCUUGGAAGUACGCUUGGCGCAGAUACUGUUAUAUUUCUGGUGCCAAGCAAAGACAGGCCAGUUUGCCCAGGCAUUGUAGGGUGUUGGAGUACUUUUGAUAUAGAUUCUGAAUUAAUGAACAAGGUAUGAUUGAAAAAGUGAUCUUAAAAUAGUGUAGAAAGCUGGUGUGAAAGGCAGUUUUGAGAACCGCAGUCCCAUGAGCCAGGACCCUGCCAGCAAUGGGGCAUAAGAAUGUUAGACCAUUGCUGGGUCAGCCAAUGCACCAGGGCCUGUUGUUUCACUGAUCUGUCGGUGCUCCACCAGGAGAAUAGCUUUGUAUGUACAACCACAAAAAGAUGAGUUUUGCAGUGUUGUUACCGAUGCACAUUUGCAUUCAUCGGUAGUUGUGAGUUUGUUGGAAGAGAUGAAUCAUCGGAAGGUGGGGUGUGGCAAACUGCCUAUCCAUGAGGCUUUGUUGGGAAGCCAAAAAUAAGAACAAACAGAACCACACAGAGCAUUCCUAAUCCCAUCAGUUUCGCUUUGGGAACUAGGAGUUUUGGAACCCCUGGCUCUGCUGGAAAAGGGAUUCAAGAUUUUGGGGUCAUCUGUAGCUAAUACACUGGCGCUCUGAAAAUACUGAGGGAUCCAGGCGGGCUCCUCUGGGUGAUUUAUAGGAAAGCCAAAGUGUAAGUCCUUCACAGAUUAUGCCUUUUGUCUCUGGAGUGGCGUAUAGGAGCACAACUCCCAGGCAACAUUAUAUGGGAAACGUAACUGGCCCUGAGUUACAUCACUCAAGGGUGCCUGGGUGACGUUCAAGAGCUGUGCUUAAAAUGAGAAAGAGGAGCAUCCUGGACGCCAGCAAUAUUUGAUGGAAGUAAAGGAAAGACACCUUCAGCAAAGGUUUUUGUUGUGUGUUUUUUAAUAUCAAGUGAUUUCCGCUUGCUUCCCUUUGUGUGCGGGAAGGGUUUUGAUGUGCUGCGACAUCCUCUUCUUUUUUUUUAAAGGCCCAGAAAGUUCCAUAAAACAACCCCAAAGAGCGGAGGAGGGUCUUUCAUCUGCUUUCAAGCCAUUUCCCCCCAAGGAGAUGGAGAAAAGGGGAGGGCGGCAGCAUCGAGACUGCAAGGUUACCACAAGGUCACUUGCUACAAAAAAAAAGGAAACUGGGAGGGGGGGGUCUCCUUUCUUUUUAAGAAAAUAUCCCUAUGAACCAUUAAUGGGUGAAAGCUGGAGAACGUUUGCUUACUGCUCCGUUUUUGGAUGUAAAGUUCCAGGGUUUUCCUUUCCUUUUCUUUUUUCUUUAAGAGAGAUAAAAAGAUGUGCCUUGAACUUUGGUAUUGUUGUGUGCUCAGAAAUAAUGCCAGUCCUUUAAAGUUUGAUGAGCUGGGAGCCUGGAGGGGAUCAAAGGAUUUUGAAAGGGAAGGUUACCAUGUGCAUUAACAAGGGCCCUUUUGAUCCACGAAAGUGCAAGUCCUCCUCUCGCAGACAGGAAGGAAGUACUGGUGGCUAGCCUAACCACUGCACCAUUCAUGGGGAUGAUGCCCCCAAAUGGCCAAACUGCAGCCAUUCAUUGAAAUGCAGAUGAUCCAACUGGCAACCUUGGAUUCUGCAGCCAACAAACCCAAAGCCAGCAUUCAUGGGUGUCAUGACCUGACAAGUUCACUUCUCUCUGAUUCUCUCUCUCUCCCUCCCUCCCUCCCCCGUCUUAAGUUCAAUUCUCUACAUUUUGCAGCAAUUGGGUUUUGGUUUUUUUUAAAAGAAAAAUCCUCAUGAAAAUUCAUCAACAUUGUAGAGGGCUUUUCACCUUACAAACACAUUAUUCUUUGAUGUUUUGACUAAUGUGCAUGUUUUUUCCCAAGCAAUUUCUCCUAAUGUAAUGCAUUUUUGUUGUUGUUGUUGUCAUUUUCUCUACUACCUUUAUACACACUUUCCCAUAACAUGUGCAUUUCUGUAAAUGUUGGUUGGUCAGAGAGCUGCAUCACAAAAUUCAGAUGAGUGUGGGGUUUUCUUUUUAGGAUGGCUACAUUUUGGUUCUCACAAUUGUUUUGGAAAGUGUGAAUUUGACAGAUUUGGCUACUGAUGCAAACAGAAUCAAACCCUAACCCCGAAACUAUUCUUAGAGUGACCCCAAAGCCAAUAUUAAGGAGUGUCAAUCAGGGUUAGGUGUCUUCUAUGAGCCUCCUCCAAGUAUCCUUCAACCCCCAACCAGGGGGAACCUCUGUGUCAGGAGCUCGUCCUACACUCGAGUAGGACCCUGGCAGAGACACAUGCCCGACUGGCAUGUUCUCUCCCUCCUGGUUGAUUGUUUUGUUUUGUUUUUAAAGAAUAUUUAUUCCAAUUUUAAGAUUACAUAGAAAGAAAAAAGCAAAAAAAGAAAAACAAAUCACAUACAUCCUACAGAAAAAGAACAACACACGAUACAGAAAAAAAUACAAAAGACAAAAAAUCACAAUCAAAAAAUACCAAAAACUCAAAUUAAACCAUUAGGAUCGUUUUCCCAUUUACUUAUUUCCGUGACUUCCUCUCACUUCUCUGCUUUGUAUUCUAAUUUGAAUCGUAUCUCCAGCAAACCCUUCUAACCUUCUUUUCAUUUACUUAUUUUAACAUUCGAAAAUAUUUAAUUCUCCUCUAUCUUUUAUUUUACACUACAUAUUUACUUAUUCCAUUAUACUCUGUCUGCCGAUACGGUCUAAUAUUCUUCUCCAACCUCCUCCUGGUUGAUUGUUUGGGAGCUUCAAAAGCUUUCUUCAGCCAGAACAUCACAGCGACCGAUGCCAACAGACACCGGCACACUUAGGGAUCCGCAGAGUCUGCGCAGUUCGUGUGACAGACCUCAGCAACUCAUCAUUUUGGCUAAUCUACUUUAUUUACAUAUAAACACACACAGGGCACUGUAACAUGGCUCCCUCUCUCUCUAGAAUCAGACAGCAAAGAGAAAAAGAACAAAGGACAAUAGUCCCACUUCAUGGAACACAGUAACACAAACAUCCAGUAACACAAACAUCCUGUCUCCAUCACUUCCCACUUUGUGGAAUCAAAACAUAUACCAUCAUGUGAUAGACAACAAUCCCAUGACUGCAAUCAUGGAGCAGGAAUUCUAACACUCUGGUACUGUAGCAGGGGGUGUCCAGCUCAAAUGUCUCCUCAGGACCACAAGUGGCUGCAUGGGAAUGUACUGGGGGGGUCUUGCUCCCCCUCGGGAGACCUCAGAUUCAAGGUCUGGACAGCACUGACCCCCUGACACAAGGAUGGGACAUCUGCAAAGAGCUGAACUGCUUCUUUCCUUGGCAACAUUCCCCUCCCCAGCCACUGCCCUUGCAAAAGUUCUCUGUGCCAGCUGUGGCUGGUUCUCAGAGGUGAUGAAAGUUGCCAAGUGAGGCCUUUCCUGUUUUGUCAGCAACAAGCUGAACUUCCCUGUCACCCCCUAAUGUGUUCGCUCUCCGUCUUUCUCUCUCUCGCUCUCUUUCUUCCCCCCCACCCGCCUCAGUCAGUGGCACAGCAAAGUAAUAUCUGCCGAUACUAAGCCAUACAUCUUGGCGGGUGACAAAUCACUUUUUAAUUGCCUCAAGGAAGAAAUCCAUUAGUCUUCCUUUUACGUGAGAAUCAUAAUAACAUCAGCUAAACGCAAGAUGGAUGGGAGCCUCGAGUCAAUGGGGUUAUGUGAGCAGAUGAAACUGCCUCUGACUCGGCCAGGCCCCCGGACCCUCCUGCGGCCUGCCAGCCCCACCUUUUGAUGGGCAGUGGCUCUCCAAGGGCUCAGGAGGAGAGGGGGCUCGAUCAGCUUGGCUUCCACACACACACACACCCCUCAACACUUUGCAGACAUGAACUGCCAAGCGGGUGAGGAACUCGUGGAAGAGGUUUUGAGGGGCACAUGUACCUCUUCUAAACUGUUUCGGGCACAGCAUUGAUCUCAGUAGAGGACAGUGUUCUGCAGCUUUGUCCUGGAAGAAGAGGAAGAGGAAGAAGAAGAGGAAGAAGAAGAAGGAGGAGGAGGAGGAGGAGGAGGAGGAGGAGGGAGUUUUAGCAUUCAUCAGGGCAACUUCACAGACCCAGCCUGUAUAAAGCUCCACAGUACUCCUUUGUGUCACCUUCCAAUCCUCCACUGGCAAUUGGGGACUGGUGGGGAAAGACUUCCACUUUCCUUUGGCAGGUGCAGAAGAUGAAAGGGGGGAAAGGGGAAGGGGGAAGGGGAACACAGAGGUGGAUUUGAGUUUCUUAUGCAUAGGGGAAACUUCUUGAGAAAUUCUAGGGGAAACAUUAUUUUAAUAAGUUGGGGGGUGGAAAUUGCCUGGUCAAGAACGGAGCUGUUUUGAAUGGAGAGUUGAUGGCUAUUUGUAGCCACUCCUAGGGAAAAUGCACUUCAGGGCCUGGCGUUCACAAGCUAGUCUCAAUGGCUGCAUUCUCUCUCUUCUAUUGGAGCCAGUGUGCCUCUGAAUGCCAGUUGCUCAGAUGGGGAGAGUGCUACUGUUGUGCCCAUGCCCUGCUUGGGGGCUUCCCACUGGGGCAUCUGGACCAGCAAACAAACCCUUAGACAGCAGACAAGGAAACAAAACUUUCUGAGCUAAACUACUUCCGUUGCAUGUGAUGUGGGUGCUCCUAUGGCUGAAUGCUUUCCAAUACCCCCGCCUCAACAUUUCUAAAUCCUGCAUGUAGAAAACUAGUGUACCGGGAGAACAGCUCUAGCCUUGCCUUCUUCUCCCCACCUCCCACCCCCACUCCAGACAUGCUGUUUUUCUAUGUGCAGGGAACUUUGUUUCUGUGGAGGAGCAUUCUUCCCACCUUGGAUCAAAUCUAUGCUUCCAGGUGCUAUAAGAAUGCUGCAGAGAUAGUGCAGGAUAGUGCACACCCCGGAAAUGAUCUAUUUCAGCUUCUGCCUUCUGGAAGAAGGUACAGGGUUAUAAAGACUAGGACUAGCCGCCUGAGAAACAGCGAUUUUGGUUUUAAACGCAGUGUAAGGAGUCUCUAUGGGAGUAUAUUGUAUUUAAAAAUGGGGUAUCAGAGUUUUUAGGGGGCUAACCAGGUUGAGAUAGCUGGAAUAGCAGGCUUGUUAGGUUUUGAAUGUUUUGUGUAGAUUUUUCAAUUUCGUUGUUCUGUAUGGGACAAUGACAAUAAAGAUUAUUGUAUUGUAUUCUGUAUUGUGACAUCCCCCACACACCUGCAGUCUGAAGUGGUGCAGUAUAAAAAUAGAUUUACCCCCUAGUCGACUGCUAGUGAGUCCGAGGUCCUUCUUCUUCAGCAUUUAAGUGUGAUGUUCUGAUGUUUAUUGGGUUCCUCAUUAUGUGUGGUCAGUUAUCUGAUGAUAACACCCUCAGCUUGGUGUCAGAACUCUUACCUGAAGAGCAGCCUGUCACAGGUUGGACACAACCACAGAUGCUUCUCCUGGCCCGCUGCAUGAAAUUAGCUGCAAUUAGAGCACCCAUUUUUAUCUACAGCGUGUUGUUAUAGAGAAAAAGAGAGAGGAGGGGUCUCCCUCUCUUUCUCUCUCUGGCAGUAACAUCUGUAACUUUCACCAUCUCUCCAUUCUGGAUACGCCUGGGAGCUCAUUAUGUUUUGAAAUAUAGAACAAAUUACAUUUUUUUAGAUAAUUACCUUAAAUGAUUAGGCUUAUGAUAUCCCUGAUUAGUCAGAAAUUUAGGAGGAAUCAUGAAUUUUAGAUACGAUAAUUGGAAACUAAUUUUUUCUCUUUCUUGAAGAAUGAUGGACAGAACAUAUUUUUUUCCCUCUUUUAAAACUUCCCCCUUUUUUUAAAAAAAAAAAUGACAGAAUAAAAUGUUUGCCCUAAAUUUUUCUCUAGGGCUGAAAUUGAGUCGCCACGGACCCAGGCUGAACAAUCCAAGCAAGAGAUACUUAAGUGCAUCAUGGAAAUGUACAUCAGGCCCACCCCUGCCCACUCUGAGCCAUGUUUUCCUCCCAUGUGCUGGAGAGCUGGCCAUCAGGAAAAAACAUCAUUCUUUUGGCCUUAGCCUCUUGCGCACAGAGAGAGUAUAGGGAUACAUGCCUUGCAAGGCUGCUGAGUUGAUUGCUGAGACCAGAUGUAGAAUGCUCUGAGCAUUACUAUAGGAACCGUGGCUGGUGUUCUUACACCUUCAGAUGCUGAGCUCAACAGCAUUGUAUCGGGGAAAGGGCAUGGCUUGUUGAUGGAGCACCUCCCUUGCCUUUGAGAAGGUCCCAGGUUUCAUCUCCAGGUAGGGCCCAGAAUGCCCCCUGCCUGAAACCCUGGAGAGCCACUGCCAAUCAGUGUAAGGAAUAAAAUUGACCAGCAGAUCCUUCUCUGUUUUGCUAGCGAGCACUGUCUCCUCUGCAUUUGCCUUUCCAACACUUCCAGCAGGAAGGUCCCUCCUCUGCCAUUUAGAUUCAUGGAGACCUCAGCAUGGAGGCCAGAAGAAAGCAGGGGGGACCAGGGUUAUCGUCCCAGGUGCAUGGCUCAUGCCACCCUCCCCGAGCUAGCCCUGCACCACUUUGCAAGACUGGGAUCUGCGAGCCAAUGUGGUAUAGUGGUUAAGAGCAGUAGUCUUGUAAUCUGGUGAACCGGGUUUGUGUCUCUGCUCCUCCACAUGCAGCUGCUGAGUGACCUUGGGCUAGUCACACUUCUCUGAAGUUUCUCAGCCCCACUCACCUCACAGAGUGUUUGUUGUGGGGGAGGAAGGGAAAGGAGAAUGUUAGCCGCUUUGAGACUCCUUAGGGUAGUGAUAAAGUGGGAUAUCAAAUCCAAACUUCUCCUCCUCCUCCUCCUCUUCUUCUUCUUCUUUGCAAAGUGGCUCAGGGAGGGUGACGUAAGAAGGACGCAGCAGCCGUGCACCCUUCGAUCCCAGGGCAAAGCUGGGAUUGAAGGGCGCAUGGCAUCCUUCUCAUGCUGUCCUCCCCAAGCCGCUUUGCGAAGCUGAGAUCUGAUCAUUCCAGCCUCGCAAAAUGGCUUGAGGCCAGUGUUGCUCUGGCAGCUAUGAGGGCUGGGCUGGAGGGCAGUGGGCUCCGUUCACCCUCCUGGCCCCAGGCGCCGUGACGACCUACUCUGCCAUUGGGAGGAAGGUAGUGAGGAGAGCAGAUACUGCUGCUGCUGCUGGAGCUCCCUUGGUUCCUUCCCAUAUUCUGGGAAGUGGGACAGGAGCCUUUCCACCCGGCCAGAGCUCUUUCUCGCUGGAGGAGUGAGUUAGAUCAAACUCUUAAGAGUGUCUUAUAACGAGCAAAUGACAGUUUGCAUCCCAGGCAAUCCCUAAUGAAGCCGACUCAAGUCAGGCUGUUCUCACUGAAGGGUGCCAAGCUGUAGGGCAGAGAGAUGGAUGCCGGCCUCUUCCCUUAAUUAUCGUAUGUCUUGCGCUCUCUCUCUCUCGGGUCUCUUCUUCCUGGUGCUUCCCUCACCGCGGCGCAAGUCACCACAAUCUGUAAUUAAUUACCGGAGCGCCUGCUAGCAGCUAUUUUUGAAACAAAUACAGGGGGAUGUGGCUGCAGAAACAGACUCACAGGCCUGCAGACAGGGAGGGUCCUUGUAGAUCCAAAGUUAAUUUUCUUGUCCAGCCGACUCUGAGUUGCUUUUCAUCUUUCUUUCUCCUUCCUGCCUGAAAGAGACGUGGCCUUGUUUCAUCUUUGUUUUUGACAUGCUGUCUGGUGUUAUGUAAGAAGAACCUUCCGUGUGUACAGUCCAAACCAGCUCGCAACUUGGGCAAGAUCUGGUGUGGUCGUUACUAAACCCAGGGCUCCUGGAUCCAGGGGCCCCCAGAGGCCUCUCUGGAAAUGGAGACACUGGAGUUUGAAAUGGAGAAGAAGGUCCUGCUUUGUGGACCAGGAAAGGGCCGAAGGCCUAAUUUCCAGUAUGUAUGCAAGGCCUGUCCAAUGCAGAAGUUUCAUGCUGCCUGCCACUAAGAACAUAAGAAGAUCCUGCUGGAUCGGCCAAUGGGGGCCCAUCUAGUCCAGCAUUCUGUUCUCACGGUGGCCAACCAGGUGCAUGUGGGAGGCAAGCAGGGCCCGAGUGCAAGAACAACACUCCCCACUUGUGGUUCCACUAGAUGGCUCAGUCGGUUUGAGCCUGGUGCUGAUAACGCCAAGGUUGCAGGUUCAAUCCCUGUGUGGGACAGCUGCAUAUCCUUUCAUUGCAGAUCCUUUCAUGAUCCUCAAGGUCCCUUCCAACUCUACAAUUCUAUGAUUCCCAGGAAUUGGUAUUCAGAAGCAUUAUUGCUUCCAACCAUGGAGGCAAAGCAUAGCCAUCAUGGCUAGGAGCUGUUGGUAGCCUUCUCCUCCAUGAAUUUGCCUGAUCCCUCUAGGUUGGUGGCCAUCACUUCCUCCUGUGGGAGCCAGUUCCUUUGCAUAGCUAUGCCCUGAGGCUGAUGCUUAAGAUCCUUCUUCCUUACCUUUCUGGGCAUAAGAAGGAACCUGAGAACAGAGGGUAUAGACCAUCUUACCCAACCUGGUGGGUGCCCUCUGGAUGUUCGCUGGGCUGAUGUGAACUUUAGUCCAGAACAUUAGAAGGGGCAGAUUUGCAGCAUGAGGAUCAUGACUUCUGUAGCAAUUCUUGAGAGAAGGAGAGGGUUUCUGUGACCAACCAGUGAUCUAAACACCUCUGCGUCCUCAUUUCCUUUGGAGACCAUCCCCAUCAAGACAUUUUUUUUACCAGAGCGGUGUGUUUGCUUUCUCUGUCCUUGAAUCAUUUCCUAAAUUUACUUUUCUAAAUGUCAUUAACCUGCAAUUUCAGGCCUUUCUGAAUCUAAUAAUGUGCUGAUGCCUCCAUAAUUGGUCAGCUAGACAGAAUUAGGGAAGGUGACGGGAGCGAGUUUGUGGACAGCAAAAUUCAAUGGGAGAUUCCCUCCUCUUCUCUACCUUUUGUCCCUGGCUUCCAUAGCCUUAGAGAGCAUGAGAUAGCUGAGCAGAUAAGAAGAACCCACCAUCACUGUUGCUGGCUGUGUGGAUCCUGUUAGGUGGAAAUGGGUUUUCUUUUAUCCACAAUGACUAAAGCCUGAAUCUAGGAGUUCAUCUCCAGCUCAGCUACGUAGUAGACUUCAGUGUUAAGGCUAUUGGUCAUCACAGCAACAAACAAACUAAAUGCAUUGUCUCCUAUGUUAAUGACACUCAGAGUAGAUCCAUUUAAAUUAAUAGGCAUGACUAACAUAGGCCCAUUAAUUUUAAUGGGUCUACUUUAAGUAGAACUUAGUUCGAUACCGCCCAUGCUUGGUGAUUUUUUCCCAAGUCAGGAAGCAGGUUGGUCCGAUUUGCACAUAACACGGUGCUAUGGUUUGUUUAACAAACCACAAGUUAACCACAUAGAUGAUCCAACAAAUCACGGCUCGCUUCUCAAAAAUGUGGCUUGCUUUCCCGCUGCCCUUUGUAGCUUGGCGAUGUCUGGGGUGGAGUGGAGGCUUGGUUAGGGAAGGGUGCGAUGCCAGGUCAUCAUUGAGACAAACCAAGUUUCCUAAGCCAACUGUGCUGUGCCUGCUCAGAUUGCUCACUUCAAGGUCCCUCCUUGAUGUCCCUUCUGGAGGUUCUUGAUCUUGGAUCUGACAGCCUUUCAACUAGAGGGUUGUCCUCAGCAAAAUAGGACACACAGCCACCCUAAGUUUGGAGAAUCAUCUUGAUCAGGUCAAUAUUAAGGGAAGCACUGAUCAGCAGCAAAAGAUCUCCUGUGCCAUUUCUUUCUCCCUCACCCCAAUUUGGAAAUUACAGGCCAGGGAAAUGCAGAAGGCAGAGUGAAGGGGCCCACCUCAUUCAUGCAUCAUAUUUUCGGGGUGUCAUGUAAAGACAGCAAAUGAUUAAUUAUUUAAUUUGUUGUUGCAUUUUCUUGGGAGGGGGAGGUAGCCAUGUGGUUUUCCACCUAGUCCAUUGCUAAAAUAACUUGGCAGGCCUCCUCUGCCCCUUGGCUACCCCACUUCAAGCAGAAAAAUAGGAACACGGGAAGGUGCCUUGCUAAAGAGUCCAUCUAGCUAAGGGUUGUUGACACUGAUUGGUCUUGGCUCUUCGGGGUUUCAGGCAGCGAGUCUUUCUCAGCAGCCCUACCUGGAAAGGCCAUUGCAGAUAGAACCUGGAGAGCCAGUGUGGUAUAGUGGUUAAGAGCGGUAGACUCGUAAUCUGGUGAACCGGGUUCGCUUCCCCGCUCCUCCACAUGCAGCUGCUGGGUGACCUUGGGCUAGUCACACUACUUUGAAGUCUCUCACCCCCACUCACCUCACAGAGUGUUUGUUGUGGAAGAGGAAGGGAAAGGAGAAUGUUAGCUGCUUUGAGACUCCUUCGGGUAGUGAUAAAGCGGGAUAUCAAAUCCAAACUCUUCUUCUUCUUCUGGGACUUUUUGCGCCAUGGAGUUGGUACCCAUCACCCCACCAAUUGUUUUGUACCAGCACUGGGUGACUCGAGGCUCCUGUUGAGUGGUGAUUAAUUCAGAGGCUGAGGAGCAGGAAUUCUGAGGGCAAAGGAAAUGGUUUCUUUGAGACUGGGCAAAGUUUCUCACGGGGAUGGCACAGCCCUCGCUUGAAUCAAGGAAGCACAGUUCCCCAUCACCACCUCUCUUCUCCCGCAAGCAGAAGCUAAUGGCUCUGGAAGGAAGUCACAUCACAUUAACUUGAUAACUGCACAGGCAAAGGGGCUCCGCUGCUCCUCCCCUUCCCCACCUUGAUAGUUAGAGGAAUGAUCCCCAGGAAAGCCAUAAAUUAUAACCCAAUCACCAGCGAACUUCUGGCAUGACCUAUCGGGAAGUAACUCCAGUUUCCUGGGGAUGGAGAAAGAAGUGGUGGCGUCUGGAAAAGGCAGCUGGACUCUCUGCACUCCUUAGUGCGAAUCCUUGCGUGUAUCGGCUUGCAUCGAAGCGGCCACUUCCUCCUCCUCUUCGCCCAGUCCCUGGUGCAGGUGGCAAGCAGCUGGACAGUUGGUCAUGAAUAAUGCACCGGGUUAAAGGCCGGCGAGGGACCUGUAAGCGGUCAGAAAGGUCACAUAAGCGAUUGUUAAGGCCUAAACACCGAGCUCCACUGUAGCGGCGUGAUUAAUUGACGGGAUCGCACGAGCUUCUUUGCAGAAGGGCCUCUCGGAAGUUUAACGAAUUAGUUCAUUAGUUACAGAAAGUUGCUUCUCUGCAGAAACUCCGAGAAGGUCGUUGCUCUCUCUCGGAAACAAGCCGGCCGCGGAACAGCUUGGCUCGGCGCCCCGUCUGGUUCUGCUUGCGUUAACCUCAGAACCUGGAAGUGGAGGGGAAACAUCAACUCUAUCGUAAGCACAGCGAGGAUGAUGCAAGGUGA